GCUGCUCUGCUUCCUAGAGUCCAUACCUACCUAGCCCGGGGCUGGACACCUGGGACGGCACGACAUCCCUUCCCGCCCUUGCCACACCUACCUACCUGACUGACUGGCUUGCCUGGGAGUUUCGCUAUCCUGUCGGCCAUGUUGGAGGUUGUGUUCUUCCUCGUCCUCACGUCACGUCCUCUCGUCUCAAAGAUUGAGUUUGAGCCCAUGGGGGUUUUUUUUCACCUUUCCUUGUCUGUUUACCUAUGUGAUCUAUCCUUCUCGGUAAAAAAAAAAAGAAAAAGAAAAAGAAAGGGGGAGGUAAGCAAAACUCAAAAUCAUGAGCUCGACGUGGACUCUCUGGACGCUGCCGGCGCAGCCGGCGCCGGGAUCCGCCGUCGUGUAUCCCACGUUUGUGACGAUAUUGGCCUUUAUCUGCGUCGCGUUUGCCCUCUUCUUCCAUCUCAAGCUCUCGGGCUCGACUCUGUUGUGGCCCGAGUUCAAGAGCAUCAGGGGCUCGACGAUGGUACUUGCCGUCUGGUAUACAGGAACGGCCGUCGAUCGGUGGCUUCACUUCAAUCACCGCGCCUUGCCAAACGGCUACAUCCUCUUCGAGCCGAUGCUGCAGAGCCUGCGGGUCAUCUCGACCAUCUGGUUCCUCUGGGCACUUACGACAUCGUGUGGGAGGAUCUGGAGCGGCGGUUCAAGGGCAAGCGGUCGAAGGGCAUGUGGUGGCUUGCCGCCAAGGCUGCCAUCUUCGUGGUCGGCCUGGUCUCGCUCUACUACGUCGUGCUGGACGUGGCGACGGCCGUGGUGUGGCUGCAGUUUCUGAGCCUCAACGUCAUCUCCGACGUUGCCACGAAGCGCAACGACUUCGAGCAGGCUAUGACGGCUUUCUUCACCGUCUUUGGCGUCUUGACCAUCUUCGCCGUCGUGGCGACCGUUUUCUUCCGCGCCAGGGC